CUCCACUGUUGCUGGCUCAGAUAUACAGCCUGAUAGUCCCGGUAGCUCUACGUGCGGUGGCUUUGAUGAGCACAAUCCCCGCCGACACAGUCUUCUUCGACUCAGUUAGUCGAGGAACCGGUAAUUCAUCCAUGGUCAGCCUUACAUAUAGCUACGGGAUAACUGGUACUGAUUUUGGCCUCCAACGGACACCUGAUUUGCAAUUCAACGUCACUGGCUCCUGUUUCACAGACUAUUCGUGGUAUACCGGACCGCAGGAUUCAGGGAAUAUUCAGACAGACGGUUAUAAGGCAUAUAACGAUUCAUCCCAAAUAGAAACCAUCACCUCAGAGGCUCAAGGGCCGCCAUAUGUCAAACAGGUUAUAGCACCCAUCUCUGAUGAUAGUGCUUCAAAUACGAGUUUCGGAUUGAUCGUGACCUCCUUUGGUCGAUACAGUUUUACGCCUAGUAACGACCCCUGGUACCUUACGGAGCAUUCUGGUUCUAACCCUGUGGACUACGCGUAUACAAUAAGCCGUGGCCGUCCUGGGCUAUCCUGUUGGGAAAAUGCUACCUGGACUUACCAAGGAAGCACGUCGGCAACUGAGUCUCUAAACAGUUUGACACAUGGAGAUCUCUCAAGUCCUCUUACUCAGACUUUCCAACAGUAUCUGUUUCAGCCAAUGGUUUUGACCCUAAGUGGACUGCUGGGUCGUUCGGCCCUGGCAUCUUCAACUUUGACCGUCUCCCAGGCAUUGAAUGCCGAGCUUUGCAGUAUUGAAAAUGAUAUUUCUCGUCUAGUUAAUAUAGCCUACUUAAUGACCCGAAACAUUUUAAGUGAUUCAACUUUAAUCAGCCCUCUCGGACGAGAUAACAUCACGAAUCUGGUUCGCUCAGCAGACCAACGAACCGUGCUCCCAGGGGCUGACGAAUUUGUGGUGUCUGGCCCGGACAUUAUGACACUCUCCGUGCGUGAUCUGAUUCUGAUACCUACUCUUCUAGGUGGAGUUGUGUGUCUCGUUAUUAUCUUUGCGAACCUUCCAGGUCGUUGGCGGUUGACCAACGAUUUGAAUGCGGUGAAGUUACAGAAGUUGAAAAGGAAAGCAAAACAUCAAAAUGCAGCCAGUGAGAGUAAAUCACACGAAAAGGAGCUAGAAGUACCGAGAGAUGAGGAAUCUUUAACCACGAAGGACGCGAUCGAUGUGCAAUAAAUGGACACUCCAGGCUGAAUAAUCGAAUUUUUUGUAUUCUGUUCUACGAAGUUGUCUAAAACCCAGUGCAAACCCAGUGCUUUCCUUGCUGAGAAACAGGUGAACACAUAUGUAGCUAAUUUUGAAG